GUCUGAGGCUGACAGGAACCCCCGAAGUGCAGGGCACUCACUGCAGUAGGCAGAAAGGGGUCAGACAGCCUUGGAGAAGGUGAGGUCUGGAGCUCUGAGCCCAGGUCAGAAGCAGGGCAAGGUUAACCAACCGGCCUGAGAGAUGCCAGGCAAACAGUCAGGAGACGGGCCAAUGGAAGUGGCAGCCGUGGAGAACGGAGGCGAUGAAGGCCUGGGGGGCCUCACGGUAGAGGAGCUGCAGCAAGGCCAGGAGGCUGCUCUGGCCUUGGAGGACAUGAUGGCUCUGAGUGCCCAGACCCUGGUCCGAACUGAGGUGGAGGAGCUGUACGAGGAAGUUCGACCCCUGGGCCAGGGCCGGUUCGGCCGUGUCCUGCUAGUUACUCACCGGCAGAAAGGAACACCCUUAGCCCUGAAGCAGCUUCCCAAGAACUCUACCUCCCUCCGUGCCUUCCUGUAUGAGUUCUGCGUGGGCCUCUCUCUUGGCACACACCCGGCCAUCGUGGCAGCCUACGGCAUUGGCAUCGAGUCAGCCAGUUCCUAUAGCUUUCUGACAGAGCCUGUUCUCCAUGGGGACCUCAUCACCCUCAUCCAGCCCAAGGUGGGUCUUCCACAGCCAGCGGCCCAGCGCUGUGCAGCCCAACUGGCCUCCGCCCUGGAACUCAUUCACUCCCAUGGCCUGGUGUACCGGGAUUUGAAGCCAGAAAAUGUGCUGGUGUGUGACCCAGACUGCCGGCACGUCAAGCUGACAGACUUCGGCCACACCCGGCCUCGAGGGACCCUGCUCCGGCUCACUGGGCCACCUAUCCCUUACACCGCCCCUGAGCUCUGUGCCCCGCCCCCUUUCCCCGAGGGACUGCCCAUUCAACCCGCCCUCGAUGCCUGGGCUCUUGGGGUCCUGAUCUUCUGCCUUCUGACUGGCUACUUCCCCUGGGACCAACCCCUGGUGGAGGCUGACCCUUUCUUCGAGGACUUUCUCAUCUGGCAGGCCUCGGGCCAGCCCCAAGACCGGCCGCAGCCGUGGUAUGGCCUGUCCCCUGCGGCAGACACUCUUCUGUGGGGGCUGCUAGACCCUCACCCCCGGAAGAGGAACUCCGUGAGCUCCAUCAAGAGCUAUCUAGGUCAACCCUGGAGGCAGAGGCAGGGGGAGGCUGAGGAAUUGACAGAGGAGCUGAGGGAAGAUGCGUCCUGAGGAGGCCAGGAGGCUGCAAAGGGAGAGCCAUGUGCAUGCUGAGACCUGCUUUGCCUGCACUGCCUGGCUGUGGCCUCCUCUCUGCUUUCAACCUGUAUCUUAGCUGUCCUAUGUGCCUUCUGUGUCCUUCCUUUACGCUGUGUGAGUGUGUGUGUUCAUGUAUGUGUGCGUGUG